AUGAUAGAUUCCACUGAUCGGUCACUGAUGAGUCAGAAUCCUUUGUCAUCAUUAAAACAUUAUUGUAUCAAUGAAAUAUAUAUACGAAAUCAUCCAUAUAUCAUUUCAAUGUGUAUUCAAAAUUCUGAACAAAUUCAACUCGAAAUCUUAGUACAGCCAAAAGAAAGUGUCGAUCAAUGGAAAUCGAGUUUUAAUGUUCAUGAUAUUGAAAAAAUGACAGAAAAAACGGGUAAUUUUAAAUCAUUCAAUGUAUUUGUUGAUAUGUUAGAAGAUGCGAUUAAUCAAAAAAAUUCAUCAGUCAGUAUUGACUUAUUUACUUCUGAUGACCUUGAGUUUAUACGUAAAAAACAAGAAGAUCAGAAGAAAACUUCAACGACUAAGUUAUCAAAUAAACGUUAUUUAAUAUUGAUAUAUAAUGUUGAAUACGAUCGAAUUUAUUAUCCAUUGUCUCUUCGCUAUUAUGGUAGAUCUGAUACACUUGUUUUAAUCGAACAAAUUCGUCAAUUAACAGCAGAAAAUGAAUUAUUAAAAUCUCGCCUUGGUUCAUGUACUAAUAAUCUUGAGGAUUCUCACGAAGAAUAUUCCAAUUUGAGAAAAGAAAAUGAUAAUUAUCACCAACAGUUAUUAUUUCAUGAUGGAAAAGAAAAAGAUCUACAAGUUGAAUAUUUACGUCAAAUGAUUCGUGCCAAUGAAUAUGCUCUAAUUAAAGAACGAAUUAAUUUACAGAGAACAAAAGUAAAAACAAAUGAUCAUUAUAAAAAACUCAAUAAUCAAAUUGAAUUUUUAAAAAUAUCUGAAAGACAAUUAAAAUUAAAAAUGAAAAAUUUAACAAAUGAAAUUAGCUUACUCAAGAAAAACGCUUCACCAUGCAAUUAUCGACCGAGAUCGUCACCAUUGGAUUGUGCGAAGUCAACUGAUCAACAUCGAUAUCGUUCAAAGAGUGGCCCUAAACGAUUACCAUUGUCAACAAAUUCUCGUGCUCGUUUUAAUCCCACUGCAUACAUUCAUGAAAAAAAUCUUAAAUUACGGCAUGUGGAAUUAAAAAAAACAACAGAAACUCAUCAAAGAUUAAAUAUUGAUCAACAACAUUCAGAGUCGGAUUUUAGUGAUUCAAGUUUGAAAGCUAACAAUAAUAAUUGCGUUAAAUUGAAAUCAAGAAAAAAAUCGAGUCGAAAGCGAACAAAAGAAUUAACUCAACAAAAAUUUGAAAGCUCCAUCGAUUCAGAUAUCGAACGUAUUUCGUCACCAGUUGUUUUACGUAGGGCUGCAUCAAAUAAUUCAACAAAAGUUUUCUUGCCUGAAAAUUUUCAUCAUGAUCAAAUAAAUUUAAACUCAAACUUACAAAACUUCACUGACUCUGACAAUAUGGUCGAUAUUGAUAAACGAUUAAAAUCGCUAGAAAAAUUCAUUAAACAAACUUUACUAAUACACUAA